AUGGAGCUUCUGCUCUGCUUGAGCUGCUGCUUAUUGUGGCUAGUGCAAGGUGCUCAGGUUUACAUGGAGUUCAAUGGUGUGAAGUACUCGUACAACACGGAUCGAACUGUCCAACAAACCAACGAUUUAUCACCCAACUAUGAGCUGCAGUCACAUGAUUGGCUCGGUUCCAGCACUUCCCGGAAUCGCGAUUCCUUCAUCGAUCAGUGGGGUUGGACUCAUCCAGAACCACGACCAGUAACCGAAGCACCACCGCCACCACCACCGCAGCAACCACUGAUUAUUGAUUUUAGCACGCAACACAUGUCGCACACUCAGCACUCGGAUGACUCUGGCAUUGUGCUGGGCAAGUAUUCGUACUACGAUGCCGCUGGCUACCAUGAGUUGAGCUAUAAGGCUGGUGAUGGCAUUGGCUUCGUGGUCAUGGGCGGCAAUUUGGUCAGGCCAACAACGGAACAAUCCGAACAAUCGGAACAAAGUAUACAAUAUUAGUAUAAACAGUUGCCAACUUGCAUAGAUAUUGAUCAUUUUUCUUAGACAAUAAAAACAGCUGCAGCUAACAGCA